AUGUGCUUCAUCAACAACAAUGGUUCUUGGUACAGGAAAGAGCCUAACUUUCAGUACAACAACUACCAGCAAAGGUCCUACUCUAACAACCAACAAGGAGGAUACCAGCAGAAGCAAAACACUCAGCAAGGGAGCUAUCAACCUAGACAAAACACCCCUCCUGGUUUCAACAAUAACAACAAUCAGUCUACUCAUGCUCAAGGAAGUUCUUCCCAAGCUCCAGCUUCAGAUACAAGUGUGGAUGCAAUGUUCAAGAAACUUUUGGAUUUUCAGUUUGCUUCAGUGAAUUCUCAACCAAGUCACCAACAAGGGGCAUUACCUGGAAAGCCAGAGCAAAAUCCCAAGGAAACUAUGAAAGCAAUCACCCUACGGAGUGGUAAAGAGUUACCUCCAAGAAUUCUCACCAAGGAUGGUGAAAAGCAAGGUGGGGAGGUGGCUAUCAACAUUGAUGAUGAAGUGGUGAUUGUAGAUAAGAAGGUUGAUGAAGAAAUUCUAGAAAAGAUUGUUGAAGCUAAGGGUAAAGGAAAUGUUGGAGAAGAGAAGAGGACAGUGAAACAUGGUGAAACUGCUACUCCAACAAAGGAAUCCUCUUUUGUUCCUCCUCCCUAUGAGCCAAAGCUACCAUUCCCUGGGAGAUUCAAAAGACAGCUAUUGGAGAAGUACAAGACACUCUUUGAGAAACAAAUGAGUGAAGUUCAAGUCACAAUGCCCAUCAUUGAUGCUUUUAUUGCCAUUAUCCAGAGGUUAGAUGUUCCAAGGAAGCUAGUGGAUCCAGGAUGUUUCACCUUACCUUGUGCUCUAGGACCCAUGGUGUUUGAGCGAUUAGUGAAGAUUCAUGUUGGUAUCUUAGAAGACCUUCCCUUGAUGGUUGGUAACUUUGAGAUCCCUACUGAUUUUGUUGUGUUGGAGAUGAGGGAGGAAGCCCAAGACCCUUUAAUCCUUGGAAGACCAUUCUUAGCCACAGCUGGAGCUAUUGUGAAUGUUAGACAAGAAAAGAUUGAUCUACAUCUUGAACAAGGGAACAUCCUCCACUUUGACAUCAAUGAAGUGAUGAAGAGGCCAACCAUCCAGAACCAAAUUUUCUACAUUAAUGAAAUGGAUGCUCUAGCUGAUGAGCUUCUAGAGGAGUUGGCACUUGAAGACUCUCUACAUCACGCCUUAACAAUUGAGAGAGAAGUCCAAGUGAUUGAGAAUAAGGAAAGUGAUGUCUAUGUGAGGAUGAUGGACUCUCACAAGGGAGCCAGUGGUGAAGAACAGAAUGAGGAGCUUUCAUAUGAGAUUCACCACGCCUCCGCAACUACUCAACAAGAGAACCUCCAAGGGGAUGGUUGGAGUGAACUCAAGCCACCAAAAGUGGAGCUUAAACCUCUUCCCCAUGGUGUAAGGUAUGCUUUCCUUGGCCCUAAUGAAACUUACCCUGUCAUAGUGAGUAGUGAGCUUAGUGAAGAUGAAUUGUUUAAACAUUUGAAUGAACUUAAAAAGUAUAGAAAGGCAAUAGGCUAUUCACUAGAUGAUAUUAAAGGGAUAUCACCUUCUUUAUGA